AUGAAGAACUCCCAGAUGGAAAGAAAAAAGUACUCAGUUCACAAUUUGGUGAAACUGAUUAAUGACAGGAAUAAACAAAACGUAAGGAAUAAGCGGCUGGCUGUAGGAGCGGACGGUACCACAAGUAUCAAGGCAGGAAACGGUCUGCAUGGAGAAACGCACAAUGAUUUUUCCCACAUUGAGCAUAAUGAACAGGUGGGAAAAAAGGACAAAGCUAGGGAUCCCGCGCAACAUGUGGAAAGCGGCGGAGAUUAUGACGUCGGAGACGGCAACGUUGAUGAUGAAGACGAAUGUCACGACGACGGCGAACGUGAUGAGGAACAUGCUGUCUGUACGUACGGGCCGGACGCGACGCUGGCCUCCCCCGGCGGAAGCGAAAUAAAGCUGUUCAUGUUUGAUUACAAUGAAUGCCAAAACCAAAAGUGCUCCUGUAAGAAGUUAUACCGAUUUAAAAAAAUAAAAAAGGCUCCCAUCAAUAAAAAGUUUAAAGGAAUCGUAUUAACGCCAUUCUGUGACAAAUACUUUUCCAUAAAUGAUAAAGCCACUAUGGAGAAUUUUGGCCUGUCCGUAAUUGACUGUUCGUGGAAAUCGCUGGACUUAUUGAAAAAAGCCAAGUUCACAAAUCAGAGGAAAUUACCCUACAUCAUUGCAGUUAAUAGUAUAAAUUAUGGAAAGCCCUACAAGCUCUCCUGCUUGGAAUCGUUGGCAUUUUGCUUAUAUGUGUGUGGCUACAACAAACAAUGUACAGAUAUUCUCAAUAUUUACAAAUGGAGCUCAAGUUUUGUAAAUCUGAAUGGAGAGUUGCUCGAUAUGUACAAAUUAUGCAACACCCAUGAGGAGGUGAAGAAAGUUGAAGAUGAGUUUAUUCAAAAUUCGCUCAACGAGAAGGAGAAACGGAAAGAAAUAGACCACUACAAGGUUAUAUAUGAGGAUGGCUACUUGUAG